GAGGGAGGAGGUCGAGGUUAGGGGUUAGGUCCGAACCGACCGGCGCGGCGCGGCGUUAUCAGGUGAUAUCGGGCGGUAUUUUGGCGUCGAUUUUCGCGAUCAUAUUCAACAGAAAAAGACCUGGGGACGAUCAGGCCUCGAGAAGGAAUAAACGGAGGUCACGACUUAAUUCGGCUAUGUUUCGACGUGCGUUCACGUCGAGCUCGCGCAGUAUAUCGGUAAGCCGACAGCACGUGUAUCUUGGAUCCGGAUUUUCCCAGGGCGAUAAACCUCAAUCAACUCUCAGUCUGCUAUCUCGGCUAUGGAACGGAUCCAAUGGCGUGCUUGCGGGUAAGCACGCCGAGCAGAAAAUGAUAUCCAUCUUGAGGAACAGGUUUCCACAAGCUCAGCUGAUUGAAGUUACCGACGUAUCAGGAGGAUGCGGUGCUAUGUUUGACAUAAAUGUCGUUGCUCCAGAGUUCAAAGGACUGAAUACGGUAAAACAGCAUCGAAUUAUUAACGAGGUUCUCAAGGAAGAAAUCAAAGAUAUGCAUGGUCUGCGAAUACGUACGAGUAUCCCACAGGUGUAAAUUUUAGCUCUUGGACACGUGUUAAAUUAAUUUUGCGGGAGAAAUAUCUAAUACCGGUUUUACUUAAGUUAGUAAUGGGCAUCUAAAUUUUUCUUUCAAAAAUUUUCGACGAGUUUAUUUAAGAUUUUUAAGAAUUCAUUUCGAACGAUAUUUGAAACGAUUGUAGAUUUUCACAUAUUUGAAACACGUUGUUGUAUAACGAGUCCAUUAUUAGCUUGGGACUAUAUUCACAAUUAAGAUCUGAAGAUUUUAUGUAAGAUACAAAGGACGUAUAUUUUAUAGAAUGUAAAGCUUUUAAAUAAAGUUAAAAGAAAUUUAUAUUCAUAUACAAGGAAA